AUGGCGGACGUGGGCGCCAUGCUUGCGAGGAGGUACAAAGUUCUCAUUAUCUUUGUUCUCUUCACGCUCAACAAUGGCUUUGCUUGGCUCAUGUUUGAUCCUGUGGCGGGGCGACUCGAGAAGAAUGUAAAGGGGUUAACGGUGGCUCAGCUGCAAGUUCUCUCUUCUUGGCAGCCGCUGAUGUUCCUUUUAAUGUUUCUCCCCGUGAUGAAAAUGGUCACGCGGCCGGAUGGACUGCGAAAGGCGGUGCGCCUUGGGGCCACAUGUGAGUUACUCGGCGCGGUAUUUAAAAUAGUCGGCUCCCUCGCCCGAAAGUCGUACGCGGGCUUGGUGCUUCUUCACGUGGGGCAGAUUUUCAGUGGCGUCGGGUCGCCUGUGGCGACAGGCUGUGUCUCGGCCCUCUCCGCCGUUUGGUUUGGCCCAACUGAGAGGACGCGGGCCACUGCUGCCGCGGUACUGUCAAACUCUGUGGGAAAUGCGCUUGCCUACAUCUUUGUUCCAGCCAUCACAGAGUCUUCAUCGUUUGUGUUCGUCACCGUUUACGAGGCUGCGAUGGCCGCGAUUGCGGCCGUGUUUGUGUGGUUUUGUUUACCUGCGCAAAAGGCUCCCGUUGUGGCGGGAGGGGCCGCUGAGACAAGCCCAAGCGACGGUGUUGCCGGCGAGGAAAAAUCCCUCCGCGGCCAGCUCCGUCAGCUGCUUGGCACACCGUCAGUUGUUUUUCUGCUACUCAUAUAUUCUUGGUCUGCUGGAGGCUUCUCGGCGUGGAUAUCUCUCUUUGACGCGACCUACAACAGAUUUUUUUCGGAGAGCUUUAUUGGACUUAUGAGCUUCGCUGGCAUGGUGGCGUACGUCGUUGGUGGUUUGGUCUCCUCGUGGCUCACGGACCUUUGCUUCCCUCGCCAGAUGAAGUAUGUGAUUUUCCUCUGCAUCACCUGCAAUUCUGUGAGCAACAUCUUGUUUGUGGCAUCCGCCCCAAACAAUGACGGCUACUCGCUGUAUCCGCCCGGGCGGGCGUGGAUUGGCGCGGUCACAGCACUGUGCGGGUUUUGGAAUGGAGCCGCCGCCCCGUUGUUUUAUGAACUGAUCGCGGAAAUUUCAUACCCGGUAGAUGAGGGUGUGAGCGGUAUCGCUGUUUCCGUUUGCGAGAACCUCGGCGCGCUGUUUUUCUAUCAGGUAGUCUCACGGUUCUACACGGGGGAGUCCAUGAGCGUCGCGUACUCCAUUGGAAUGACAGUGGCGGUGGCCCUUUCAGCCGCGGUGCGACAGAGAUACAACAGGUCUUACCACGUUUAUCUGCAAUACCGACAAGCUGCUUCGGUGACUGUCGUAGAAACAGAUACCCCCACUGUGUAG